AUGGCUCCCGUGGUUGCUCCUCAAGCGGUUCCUUCUAAGACGACUACUACUGCUAAGGCUUCUGGCAAAAGGGCUGGAGGCAAAAAGGGUGGGGUAAAGGGUGAAAAGGGUAAACGCAAGGCGAAGAGGAGGGAAACGUACUCCACUUAUAUUUACAAAGUUUUAAAGCAAGUCCAUCCAGACACUGGUAUUUCUUCAAAAGCGAUGAACAUUAUGAAUUCUUUCGUUGCGGACAUUUUUGAACGUAUUGCCAAUGAAGCCUCAAAGCUCGCUCAGUAUAACAAACGCUCGACCAUAACUAGUCGUGAAAUUCAAACUUCUGUCCGGCUACUUCUACCUGGAGAAUUAGCGAAGCACGCUGUGUCCGAAGGAACUAAAGCGGUCACGAAGUACACCAGCAACAAGUAA